AACGCCCUUGUGCAGACGACCCCUCCCCCCCCCCCUCCCGGCCGCCGUCUGCCUACCUGCCUGCCGGAGAUAUUGAACAAAACGGGUCUUAUUUCACCUGAAUACCACCGGAUGGUUGUCUUUUGGGUGAGAUAAGGGCGAUCAGACAGGGAAGAGGACACACACCAUGGAGCAGCCAAUACUGUCACAGAGUUCCCCCGCUGCCUGUGGAGGAAAAACUAGGCCAAAGACACAGUAUAUCGAUCUGCUAGAAGAGAGGAGAGAAUCAAGUGACCUGAGGUGGGCUGCCCGUGAGUGGUCGUCGAGAGGAGACUACCGAUACAGACUACCCCUGAACCGCGAUGACAUCUUCAAUAGAGUGCUGGGGUCGGAGAGAGUGAAGCACACCAUCAGCCAGUUGGCCAAAAAUGAGCAGGACGAAGAGGCUUUGGAGGAAGAAGUAAAGGGUAUCCUGGAACAGAUGGGGCACACGCAGGACAUAGGCACUAUACGACAGUUUGCCUUUAUCCUUCCCAAGAUCAUGAAGAGAAUUUAUGGAAAAGUUCUGAUUAAUGAGGAUGGUAUUGAGAAACUUCGCAGCAAGUUGGUUGAAACGCCUGUUAUCCUGCUCCCAACACAUCGAUCCUAUGCAGACUUCCUGCUAGUGUCCUACAUCGCAUACCAUUUCAAUCUCCCCUUACCUGUCAUUGCUGCCGGAAUGGAUUUUAUGAGCAUGGCCGUCAUAGGUGACAUGCUGAGGCGUUCAGGUGCAUUCUACAUACGCCGAUCGUUCAUGGACAAUGCUCUCUAUUGGGCAGUAUUCCAAGAAUAUGUUCAGACCGUUGUGGAGUGUACAGGCUCUCCCCUUGAGUUCUUUCUAGAAGGUACUAGAAGUCGAAGUGGAAAGUCGUUGCCUCCAAAGAUAGGGUUGCUUGGCUGCGUGUCAGAGUGCUGGCUGCGAGGACGGCUGCCCGACCUCACCCUCGUGCCCAUAAGCAUCUCAUAUGACAGGACCCUCGAGGAGAAGCUCUAUGCCUACGAACUGCUCGGAGUGCCUAAGCCCAAAGAAUCGACGUCGGGUCUUCUGAAGGCAACCAGCAUAUUAAAGGAAAAGUUCGGAGACAUUCGCAUCCAUGUGGGUGACCCCGUGUCAGCCAGGAGCUUCCUCCUUCCACGCGUCGAAAGGCAUCUCACUGCCUCCAUGCCCUCACAUUUGGCCCCAUUGCUCAAGAAUGAGUUGUCUGCCUGUGAAGCUCUAGGCCUCCAUGUGUUACACAAAAUCCAAAUGGGUUCCCUUACGAGUGUCUGGAGCAUCGUCUGUGUCCAGCUGAUGCAAGCACUUUGGAGAGGGCAGUGGAUGGUACCCCUCAAAGGUCUCGUCGAAGAUGUUUCGUGGCUGGUGGGCAUUUUCCAGAAGGUCGGGGGAGAGGUGGCCGUUGAAGGAUCUGUAGAAGAUACUGUGAGACACAGCCUUGCAAUCCAUCAACAAGUAGCGACUCUAGGAGCCAAUGAUGUUGUUCAUAUACAGCAGAUACACCAACCUAAUCAACAGAGCUUACACUUACCCCAAAAGGUGGCCACCUUGAGCAAUGGAACCAUAGAAAACGCAGUAACGCAUCUCAUGUUACAACACUACAUCAAUCAGUCAUUGCACCUGCUAAUCCGACCAGCAUUGGUUGCUCAAGCCCUUGUGUCACGAGUGAGUUGUAAUGCAGUGUGCCCCAUUGAGGAGCUACAGAGCCGAUUCUUUUUCCUCCGUUCCUUGUUGAGCAAUGACUUCAUCUUCGAGAGGGACGCUGCAGGAAAGGACUUCAUGGAAGGCUUAUCCCUGCUGACAUGGAGUGGAGAAGUCAGUUUCAUCCAGGGUUCAGUCCACCAUACCGGCAGAGGCAAUAAACUGAUGUCAUUGCUCCUCGGUCUCCUCAAACCCUUUGCCAUCACCUACAGUUGUGCGGCAGAGACACUGGCCUCCCAAGAUUGGCUUGACAAUGGCGAAGUUGUACUGGCCAUCCAGCGUUGUGUGGAGAGACUAGUGGCGAGUUCAGGGGUGUACUCUGCCCUCUCUUUGGACCCGACUCGCCAUGCACUGCGUUCACUCAUCAAGCUUGGAAUGGUUGAGAGGAGAAAGGGAAUGGGUGACCAGACGACCCUCUCUCCCAACCAAGAAAAGCUGCAGACAGUUCUCCAGGAGCUCGGCAGAAGCAGUGAAGGAGCUCUGCGGCCGAAAUUGUAGCCAGGCCACACAGCUGAUCAGGAGAAUUACUUCAAACAAUGCGCGUCAUGCACUGAGCCAGAAAUCUUUGUCAGUGUGAAAUACAAAUAAUACAAACAUCCUAGUCAGUUUGAUAACUAGCCAUAGCAAUUCCCUUAUGGUCUUGAGUUCCUUUGGUUGUAUUUGAUGAAGGAUAGAAGUCAGUGGGUGAAAAUAGGGUGUUGUUAGUCAUAUUAGUGGAUGAAAUCAAGUGAUAGAGAUUAUGGUAUGUGUAUAAUUUGAUAACUUCUAUGAUUUGUGAUGGAUUUGAUUUGAAGCAUUCUACAAAGUGAAGCUAGUAUUUGUAAUGUGCAUAAUUGACAAUGCUUUUACUUUUUCUCAAUGGAAGUACAAUUUAGUGUCAUCAGCAAGUGUUGAUUAUAGCUGUUGUAUGUAUCAGGUUUUUCUAGCCUGCUGCUUCUUUUUGUUCUUAUAUCCUUCCUGAAUUCUUGCUCUCCCCCUUUCCUCCUCUUCCUCCUCUUCCUCUCCCUCUUCUUCUUCGUUCAUCUGCUUCCAUGUACCAUAGUGUUCCAUAGAUUAUAUUAUUGUCAGAGAAACCUGUGGUGUCUUUGUGUAAUCACACUUGUUCAACGGAAUAUACAAAAUAUUCUAGUGUUCUGUGUCAUAUUGCUAGUCUUGGAAAUAAGGUUCACUAAUAGGUCUUUCUUUUGUAUCAAGCCGAAGAUUAUUGGAGACUGAAGUGAACAUUUCAUAUUCUUUCUUACCUUAUAUAUUUUAUUUGUUUAUAAAUUCUUUAAGCUUGAAGAAUUUGUAUAAUGUUCGUAUGAGCAGGAAUUGUUUAUUUGAUUUUUUUUUUUUUUUUUUUCUCUCUCUUUUUGAAAUGAUAUUGACCUAAAUAUGGCUUUUGUAGCCAAAGGAUGCUAGUUUCUUUAAGCUGUAAUUGGAUAAACAACACGUUUUGAUUAUAAGAUAUUUAACCAAUGUAACUGGCUAAUGGAAACAUUAAUUGACUAUUUUCUAACAGUUUUUUUUUUUAGAGUUACUCAUUCUCAUUCACAUUUCGCACAACACUUGUUACAGUUUACCGAGUCCAGUACACCUUUUUAGAGUGGAAAUGCACAAAUUUUUACUCCAAUUUUUCUGUCUGUCUCUCUCUCUCUUUCUCUUUCUCUUUCUCUUUCUUUCUUUUUCUCUUCUCUCUCUCUCUCUCUCUCUCUCUCUCUCUCUCUCUCUCUCUCUCUCUCUCUCUCUCUCUCUCUCUCUCUCUCUCUCUCUCUCUCUCUCUCUCUCUCUCUUUCUCUCUCUCUCUCUCUCUCUCUCUCUCUCUGUCUCUCUCUCUGUCUCUCUCUUUCUUGUUUCUUUCCAACUGCACUCGUUCCCUUACUUAACACACAUAAUCAGAUUUGACCUUGAGAGACCCUGCUUCUGAACACAGGGAUAAGGGUUUAUGGGGACAGGGAGGGAGGGAGGGAGGGAGGGACAUAGGUCUGUAAUCUAAGAAAGCAUUCCUCUCUAGCUAAGACUGUCACAAAAUGAAAUCUGUUACCUCAUUAUUAGCUUUAGGCUUUGCUUGAUCUGCCAUAUUGUCAUUGGAUGCCAAAUAUUGAAGGGUAAUGUAUUAUAAUUGUUUCUGGUCAUCUAGUGUAAUGAAGAUGUUGUCCCUGUUUUGUGAAGAAAUCAUCAGAGGCCAAUCGCGUUUGUGGUGCAUUUUCAGAUAUAUUUUCAAAGAUUGGUGUAAUGUGUAUAUAAAGAUAAUGUUGGUGAUUCGUGACUUUGAUUAGAUUUUUAAAACUGUACAUGCAAAUUCUUUGAUAUUUGUGAUAGUGUGCUCAUUCACAUAUUCUGAAUGUUUGUGAAUCUAUCAUUUGUUUUGUAAUAAAUCCCAAGUGAUUAAAAUAAAUGAGAUUAUAUUCAA